CUAGGUCGGCCACUAACUGGGCAGCCUGCUGGACCAUCGCUUCUGAGGCCACCAGGGGACUAAAUAUAGAGAUCAAAGUACCAUGCAGAAAGGAGGGGGCUUGCUGUAGAAUUAAGUCUCUCAUUCCUGCUGAGAAUUUGCCCAUAUCAAGACCAUCAAAUGUGUCUUCAUAAAUUGCUUUCCUUAUGCCCAGUUCACGGAUAUAAUUUUGAAGGUCCUCCAUGGAGGACACACAUCCCUGUAUGUAGAGGUGUAUCAGAUUUAUCCGCCAUACCAUACGGCAGGUCGCCAUUAACCAUUCUAUUAUAGAAUGGUUUUUAUUAAGAUAUUGAACACCCGCAUAUAACCUCUGCCUGAGGGCAGGAUGGUCAGUCAUGGUAGCCAACUUGGUACUUCCGGGCCAUUCACCAUCACAGUUUCUGCCCCAGAAUCCCACAGUCUUAAUAACCAGGCUGGCACACUUCCUCUAGGCUUCUGCUGAAAUCACAGAACUAAAUCUAUCAAUUCUGUUGCCAUGUAUGGUCGGGCUGUUGCACACAACUGAUCAGGUGGCACCCCAGCCAGUCUAUCCUGUACUGUCUCAGUUUUCUGAGUUAUAACAGGACGGAUCUCUAGUGGAUCACUUGCAGUCGGAGCGUCGAGAUCUGAUUUAGAAUUUCUAUUUUCCUGAUCAACAAAGUCAGUUGAUUCAGGAGUCUGGUCAUUGUCUACUGAACUGUUGCGAACUUGACCUACUGGACGAUGCAGAAUUGGUUUCUUCCCUGUUAAUAUGCCAAGUUCUUGCUCUACCUUUUUCAUACGGUCUCUCAAAAGUUGGUUUUCAUUUUCUAAAGUAUUAUUCCUCAUUUCAGUGUGAUUUAAAGCAUUUAAUAGUGGUCAUGCCACUGUGGAGGCAGCUAAUUGUCAUUCUUUCGUGAUUAGUAGAUCUUUACUAAGUCCCUGAAAGUAGUCUGCCAUGCGAUAUGGGGAGAUAUUUCCGAUAACGCAUAGGGGACCCCACGGUUUGCCUCAGGUGGUCAAACAGAGGUACAGGCUGUGAUUCAGCAGUUCCCACACAGUGGUCAAACACUGGAACAAAUUAUCUACAGAGGCCAGACCGUAUGCAGCUGAAGGGGCUGUUACACAGGAGCCCUGAGGGGCGCUCAAGGAGCCUGUGAGUGGCUGUUGUGGUUUCGUGAUUUUUGUUGACGGUAUUCCACAUCAGGACAUCACGUGGACCAGUGGGAGAUAACGAGUUAACGUUCCGUUUCCGUUUCCUGCCUUCUGUGUGCUCUUUGAGUACCCUGAUGGGUGGGGAAGGGGCGGCAUGCCGGAGGACCUGGCAGGCAGAGGCAGUGGGGUGGAGCUUCGGACAGGACCCGGAGCGGCUGCCUCUCUCCGUGUGGCCCGGCUCAGCCGCCUCGGCUCGCCGCGGAGGAAGCACGUGCUUUCUCUCGCGCUAUCGUGGUUUGACUCUCAUUUUUUGAUACUCUUGUCUCUCUCGUUUUGUUCGAAUUAGUUAAAUUCAGUAAAUUACCCUUCCUCCUCAGAUCGCUGCAGUUGUGUUUUCUCUGUUAUCGGCUAGCUCUUUGUCCUUCCCCCUUUCCCGGAACGCACGUAGCCCGGUCUCGUCCGAGUCGCGGCAAACCGUACUGCCCCUUUCUUUUCUCACCUAUUCUCGGGGCCUGUGCCCCCUGUCUCGGACUUAUAUCUAAGAAUAGCACCAAAACGCAUGGGCUUUGGGAGCCUGCAGUGAAAGUGAUGGUGUGCUCAUCACAGGUUCAGGCUGCAUAUUAGGAAAAUCAUCUUUAUCACAAGGGUGGUCAACCACUGGAACAAGUUAUCUACAGAGGCCAGACUGUAUGCAGCUGAAGGUGCUGCUACACACUUGGGCUUCCUAAUCUUCACUGUCAGACCUAUUGCUUCCAGCUUGGCUCCAUCCAGUGACCCUCUAGCAGAGUGGACUUCAGAGCACCAGAGGUUGACGGAGCUGUGAACCAAAAGCAGCUUGAUAUCAGCUGUACCGGACAAGAGGCCUGCUCCCUGUGUGGCAUUCCAGUACUAGGAAGUGUAUUGUGAGCUUUUGGUCAUUACUAACUUAUCUCGUUUAAAAAACACCAUGUUCAAAUCAAGUACCACAUUAGCCACUGUUAACCUUUCCUAACAAAAUUUUACUUCAGUUCCUCGUUAUUUGCCUGGCAAAAUUUCAGAGAUUAAUUUUGGUUCACUGGAAGGUACGUCUCUCAUUCGCUGUCUCAUUUUUCCAGGUAUCAUCUUUGGGAAUCAAUAUUUCACCAUGUCCUCCAGUUCCAAAUGAGCUUCCAGGGAUGAUGUAUUUGGAACUUAAGUUGGGUGACACAGGACGAGCAGAGCAUCCACAGGCCCGGUCGCCAGUCUUCUUUUUGAGCUGGUCCGGGGGGUUCGGGUCUGCCUUGCAAAGGGAGACGCGGGGAGCUCAGUCCGGCCACGUGCCUCAGAACAGGGCCGAUGCCGGGGCCACGGCGGCCCAGGGCGGCUGAGAGGGGCCGCGCUGGGUGGGGCCGAAGGGUGGGGCUGGGGCAUUGUGACAUCACAGUGCAUCACAGUGCGGGGCUGGUAUUGAGGCCGUGAGCAGGCAGCCAAGCUCCACUUUGGCCUGGGCCAGCGGUGAGUACAGCAGCAGGGGGAGGGCUGUGCUGGGCCGGGCGCAAACGCCGGCCCGCGAGGGCUUUGGGAGCCUGCAGAGACAGCAGCGAGCACUCAGGGAGCCUGCGAGCAGCUCUGCGGGCAGUCACCUCCUGCCUCCCAGCUCCCUCACCCCCGCUCCUACCUGACCCCAGGGGCUGUGGCUCCUGGCCCCGCUCCCCCAGCCGUGCGCGAGCUCCCACCCAGCCCCACUGACCUCCCCUCUCUCCCCUCUUCCAGAUCAUGGCUUUGGCGUUUGUCUUCGCCUUGUUGGCGCAUGGAAUACCAUUUCUUGGUGAUUGUUUGGAUGCGGACACGCAUGAGCACGCGCAGCAGUAUGAGGCGUAUCUGCAAGAGCAGAUGACAAAGCUGCUGCUGGAGACAGAAGAGAAGAACGCGGAGGAGAGCAGGAUGGGGGUGCAAGGCUCGUACUUCUCUGCACUGCAGUCCUGGAAAGUGUGGGCCUUGGCUGUACUGCUGCUUUUCCUGCUCUUCCGCUUCAUCCGCAACUGGUACAGGGGAAGGCAAGCAGCAGAGUUGUCCCAACAGCUGUUUGACCUUUGGAACGAAUGCGACAGGGAGAUGAGGGAGCCGGUGUGCCACGGAGACCCCCGUGAUGUCACCUACGUGAGCAGGUUUUACUCCGAGUUCUCCAUUUGGCCGCUGAAGUCCCGGAGAAGCAAGUGCAAGGUGGUGGAGGAGCUGGUUGAUGAACUUCUGAGCGUCUGUCACACAGUUGCCCAGGGUUACUUCAUGCCACGGCUGCAGCCAGCCGUUGGGGUGGGCGUUGGCUUUGAAGGCAGGGGUCCUGAGGGGUGCUACACUGUCUACCGCAUGCUCGUGCCCCUGAAGGCACCCCCGGGCCACGUCUUCCAGUUGGAGAUGGGCCCCAGAAAGAGGAUAGGGGUGAGGAACUCCCGCAUCCGCGUGGAGCGCCAGUGCAUGUGCCAAAGGGAGCAGCACAUGCCACACCUGAAGUGCUUCCUCCACCGCCCUGAGGACCAGCUGACAGAGCAGAUGCCCAGCCUGCUGCAAACCCUCUGCAACGAGUCCUACCUGGAAAUGGAGAAAACCGCAACCUGGUUCCAGGUACUCGUGACAGAAGCCUGGGAGGCUAUGCCUCAGUCGGCCACAAUGAACCUCGAGUUGCUGCCCUCCAACCGACACUGCAAGCUCAAGCUGACCACCGCCACCGGCCAAGUCCUCUGGAUUGAGCUCAUUCUUGGCAUACAGCAGGACUCGGAAACGUUCCUGACCUUUGAGUAGGCGGGGGCCGUCGUUAUCAGCAGCACGAGGUGGCCGCAGAGACGCGCUGCUGCAGAGAUGCACUCCUCCACACAACAGCCAGGCAUGCCUGGCACAUCGGAUUCCAUCGCAAGCAUCCGCAGCUCCGCGUCCCUGUUCUGGAAGGUGGCUACAAAACGACUGACGCCCUACCUGCCACCUGCCGCAGAGCUGAGCAUGCUGGACGUGUAGAGAACGCUGCUCAGCAAGCGGGUGGAAGCUCUCUCCAAAGGAAAACCACACCUGAGGGAGCCACACCCCACGCAGUUGAAGAGGCCACUGCAUGGACGCCUGAAGCAGACUCCCGUUAACAGCUGGGCAGGGACCAGCCCGCCUCUCCCUGAGCGUCCAUUUGUUCUGCAAGCCUCGGCUUCUACAAAAAUGGGAGAAACGCUGUGUCCCUGAGCGUCCUGCUCAAGGAGAUGCCCCCACAGCCAGCUCCCAGGGCUGUGGUGAGACAGCUUUACAAUCACAGAAUCACAAAGGCUGCAAGAGACCUCCAGAUCAUCCAGUCCAACCUGCCACACACCACCACUGUUUCCCACCAUUCCCGCAGAAACCCAGGUAACACUCCCCGCCGUUCGCUGUACCUCUGGCAAAGGGCAUACCAUGUUGUGACACAAGCUCCCAGGGGAGCUGAACCCUUCGCUGACUCUCCUCAUCCAGCCCUGUCCUUGUUGAAGCCUCUCUGCAACUCAUUUUCCUGCAUGCCCAAUCCCAGGACACACUCCAAACUAUUCAGCAUGCACAGCAAUGCACGUUUGCACUGAUAAAUCGUGGCACCACAGAAGUCACUCGGCAGAGAUGGUGCUUCAGACAGUGCCAUUCUCCCACAUUUUGCACGAGGUAAAUCUGGGUGUGAGAGGGUACAUUUUUAACCUGUCUUUUCUUCACAGGGAACAGCGACUGAGUCCCCGAUUGCUGAUGAAAAGAGGACUACAAUGAAGCUCUGCCUCCAUCUCAGCGGGAAGAAGCACAACAGCAGCAGCCCUUAGUGGGAUGCAGGUAUCCAGGAAUGGUAGCUAACCGAUGCAGAUAAAACAUACGGCUGAGGAAACAA